AUGUUGUACCAGACUGUCAAGUCGCUCGUGAUCGCGCUGGCGUUGGGCGCCACCGCCGCGUCAGCGCAGAACUCCGUCACUUCACUCGUGAGCCGUCGCGUCACUGAGUAUCUGAUGCCGGCCACCACUGAGACGCAUGAGUUUGCGCGCGUGCCGAACACAAACUUCGUGCUGCUGACACAGAUGUCCGACAGCGAGCUUAUCAAGAUCGAGCUGGAUCCAACCACCGAGGAGCCCAUUGCCUAUCACUCCUUCCCCAUGGGAAAGAACAGUAGUUCCCAGCUACAUGGCGUGUGGCCAUCGACAAUAUACCCGGGCAUGAUGUGGCUGUCGCUGCAGGCCGACAACAAGCUGCUGCUUGUGGAUCCCGGCCAAGACCUCUCGACUACGCCCUCCAUCGUACAGACAAUUGAUAUCCCUGCGCCCGGAAACGGCCCGCAUUGUGUGUUUGAGAUCGGCAACCGCGUCUGGGCCGGCCUCAAGGUGGCAUCCGAGCAAACUGGCCAGUAUUAUGUGUUCUCCGCGGAUGUCUCCAACUCCACGGACCAAAAGUUGUACCAGUGCCUCAACAGCCCCGUGUUUAUCAAGGAGGAGCCGACCACGGGCUUGAUCUACGUCACGCAGGACAAUGACUCGUCCAUCAUGCGCAUCAAUGUCACCAGUGGCGAGACGACGCAGCUGCCCAUUCCGCCCAGCGUCGGCAACAACGCCGUUGGAAUGACCACCGCCUACGGUGCCAUGAGUGGAGUGUGGUUCACGCUCGCGGGGAAUGCCACUGGCGGCACCGGCACCUUUGGCCAUAUCGGAUCCUCUGGAGAGAUGGAGUUCUUCAAGCUCCAGCACCCGUUGCUCGGCACUAAUUCUGGUUUACUGCAUAUCGCGGACGCGUCAACCGAAGCAGGUGGCCCAGCCUUGUGGCUCUUGUCGACGUCGCUGCUCAGCACCCAUUCGCCCGAUGCCCUGAUCCGCGUGAACUUUGACGCCGCCAUCACAUCUAUUUCCGGCGAAGAGUACAUCUCCAUGCCCACUCAGAACGCCAAGGUGCACCGCGUCUUGCCCUUGGAUGCCACGGUUUUGGUGUCUGAGCUCAACACAUUUACCCUCGCCCAACUCACGUACAACAACACCGUUGCCGGACAGUGGCUGCCCGCUGAGUCUGUCAGUAACACCACGGUUUACACCCAAGCCGGUUGA